AUUCUAGCUAAGCAACUAAGCAAGCAUGGAAUUAAUGGAGCCUCAAGUUCCAAUAUCUGCAAUCCUUGGUUUCCUUUUGUUGGUGGUAAUAACAGUAAUCAACAUUAUUUCUGUUUUGAGAUCAAAAACUAAGAAUCAUCAUCAUGCAAAGUCCAAAUUGCUGCCACCAGGUCCAAGAAAACUACCUCUCAUAGGAAACAUGCACAACCUUGCAGGAUCCAACCUGCCCCAUCAUUCCCUAGCAAACUUGUCUCAGCAAUAUGGGCCUCUGAUGCACUUGAAGCUUGGUGAGCUUUCCUGCAUAGUGGUAUCUUCCCCAGAAAUUGCCAAAGAGGUGAUGAAAACACACGACAUCAACUUUUCAAACAGGCCACCUUUUCUUGCAGCACAAAUCAUCAGUUACGGUUCCAAAGGGAUCACUUUUUCCCCACAUGGAACCUAUUGGAGACAGAUGAGGAAGAUUUGCACCAUGGAGCUGCUAUCAGCAAAGCGUGUUGAGUCCUUCAGGUCAGCAAGAGAAGGAGAGUUGUCAAAAUUUGUUAAAGAUUUGAUUUUGAGUGAAGGGUCACUGAUUAAUCUCAGUGAGAAGCUUGAUUCGUUAGCAUAUGAUUUAACAUCAGGUGUAGUUUUUGGUGGUGCUAUACAAGCUAAAGGUAAAGAGCAAUAUAGAAAACUAACCAAGGAUGUGUCAAAGGUAGCAGGGGGGUUCUCUGUUGCUGAUUUGUUUCCUUCCAUUGGAGCUCUUCAAGUUCUCACAGGAUUUAAGACUAAACUUGAGAAGCUCCACCGUGAGAUGGACAAGAUAAUAGAGGACAUUGUAACACGUCAUAGAGACAAGAAUUUGAAAACAGGGGAAACAGGGGAAGAUCUUGUUGAUGUUCUUUUGAAACUGCAAAAGCGUAGUGAUCUUGAGCAUCCCUUAUCAAACAAUAUAAUCAAAGCUACAAUUUUGGUUAGUAUAUUACUGUUUAACAGUCUAUGAAUAACAUUUGCGAUUGUUAAUAUCAGAUCUGAUCUAAGAUAAAAUAUGUUCUCAAUGAGAUUCUUUUCAUUUUUGCGUUUUCUAAAUGAUACACAAAUCAAAAUUUAGCUAUAUACAAUGAAGAGAUAAUGA